AUGGAGUUAUGUUUUUAUAAUUCAAAAAAUGGCUAUUUGGAAGCCUUAUUAAGAGGUUUUCGUAGUAGUUUUUUAACACCAGAAGAAUAUAAGAAAUUAACUGAAGCGGACACAUUGGAAGAUUUAAAGUCUGUGUUAGAGGACACAGACUAUGGUACUUUUAUGAUGGAUGAACCUUCUCCAAUUGCAGUAACAACUAUUGCUCAAAAAUGUAAAGAGAAAAUGGCACAUGAAUUUAAUUAUAUAAGAGCUCAAGCAGAAGAACCUUUAAGAACAUUUUUAGAUUAUAUAGCAAAGGAAAAAAUGAUUGAUAAUGUUAUAAGUUUAAUUCAAGGAACUUUAAAUAAAAAGCCAGCAGAUGAAUUAUUAUCACGAGUAGAUCCUUUAGGUUAUUUUCCACAAAUGAAAGCUAUAACUACAAUGGAUGUUCAAAAUUCAUAUGAUGAUGUUUUAAAAGUUUUAUUAAUUGAAACUCCUAUAGGAUCAUAUUUUGAUCAAUAUAUUUCAGCUAAUUCUUCUAAUGAAAAUAAUAAUGUUACCAACAUACUUAGCGAUAUGGAUAUUGAAAUAUUGAGAAAUACUUUAAAAAAAGCUUGGUUAGAAGAUUUCUAUAAUUUUAUAAGAAAAUUAGGAGGAAAAACUGAAGAAGUAAUGGGACAUAUAUUAAAAAGUGUAGCAGAUUUUCGUGUACUUUCUGUUACUUUAAAUACUAUCAAUUCUAGUUUAAGUCUAGAGUUACAAAAAGAUAGAAAUGAUAUGUUCCCAUGUUUUGGUUAUUUAUACCCAGAAGGUACAGAUCGAAUAAGAAAAUGUUGGAAUAAUGAAACUGUUCAAGCGGCAUUAGAAAAUUAUCCAAUUUAUUAUAAUCUUUAUGAAGAAUGUAAACAAUUCUAUAUGAAAAACGAUAAUGCUAAUGAAAAUAAAAUCGUAGAUCAUAAAAUUAAAUCAUUGGAAGAUAUAUUAUAUGUUAAACUUGUCAAAUUAUGUGAAACGGCUUUUGACCAACAUUGUCAUUUUGGAAUCUUUUAUGCUUGGGUCAAAUUAAAGGAACAAGAAAUUAGAAAUAUUGUAUGGAUUUCAGAUAUGAUUUUAAUGAAUAGAAAAGAUUGUAUUGAUAGUAUUGUCCCAAUAUUUGAACCCCAUAUCUAA